AUGUUUCACCCCCUUGUGAUUUUGUUACUUUCGAGCAAUCUGUAUCUGGUCCAGUCUGAGCAGAGUUUUUACAAGCACAACGAAUUUGAAGAAGGCUAUUUUCAAACGGAGCGUGAGUAUCACUACAGCUACGAUGGACAGUACUCAACAGGCCUACCGGAGCAAUCUGCGCAUUUCGGUUCAACACGUUUUCACGCAAACCUCACGCUGCAGUUCAUUUCGCACGCUUCUGCUUUACUAAAAUUGAACAACAUUCGAUUUGGACUAGCUAAUGGAAUUCUCGCAGAUCACCGUGAGCUACAUGCGCAAGAGCAGUUCGAAACGAAAGAGUUCGACGACGAAUAUAACGAGAUAUUCAAGCUCCCGGUCCGUUUUGAUUACAUCGAUGGCCUCGUAUCAAAAGUGAGCUUCGACAGCAAAGACAGGCCAUGGUUCAAGAAUUUCAAGCGCGGGGUCCUGAAUAUUUUGCAGAUCAACAUGAAAAAGAAACACAGAAUUGAGGAAGAGAAAAAACUGCGGCUGGAGGAGGGAUACGAAUGCGACCCAUGCAAACGCCGUCUGUACGAAUACAAAGACUUUUUCACAUCGCAAGAGGUAAUCGCUACUUUGUUCAAAUUUACAAUUUCUUGCCCACUUAGCUGCGAAAAUACCCAUUCUUCCAAAUAG